GAUCAUUAUGGCCGCUGAAAACGAAUACAUAAGUGAGAGUCUGUCCUCAAUGUUUGCAUUCCCAGAGUAGUAGGGAGAUACAUCCCCUCCAUCAAGAGAACAAGAUAUCCAGUCUGUUACAUUCGCUAUGAAGACCACCAUCGCUUGCAACCUAGCCCUCAUGGGUCUUGCUCAUGCCUACCCAGGCCCAGGGCAUAUGGCCUCUAAGGUGCAGGGAAGACAAGAUGCACCCUAUGGCACGUUCCCUGUAGCAGACGACCCCUUUCAUUUCAUUCCUUGCACCAGCGAGACAAUCCCUCCGAGACUGGCAGACCAGAAUGCUGCUCAGACCUGGCGAAAUCUCUUUGACGCUGACCCCAAUCACUGGAGCUGGGGGAGCAGUAGUACCGGCGUAAAUGAAACUUCAGAUGACCCUUUCAGGGGUAGAGGAAUCUACCUCUGUGGCUAUCUCGACGUCCCAUUCGACUACAACAACGAGUCCGAGAGGCGCAUCUUCCGCUUGGCCGUGAGCAAAUAUCAGGCAUCCGGCUUGGCUCCCGCCGGAUCCAACUCAUCGACGGCCGGUAAGAAGAGCGAGCGGACCCUUGUGAUCAACCCAGGGGGCCCCGGUGGAAGCGGAGUGCAAUAUGUCGCCGUGGGGGCAGAGGGACUCUCACAGCGGAUGAGCGGAGGUGUCAUGGAUGUUUUGAGUUGGGAUCCUCGCGGAGUCAACGCAACCCAACCGGCUGCCAAUUGCUACUCCCACCCGGCCUAUGCUGAUCGUUGGCAGUGGGCAUCAUCGCUUUGGCCAGAGAUUGAGCCUGGUAGGGCAUCCGAUACACAGUUUGCAUAUGCAGAUGCCAUGGCCAACGCGACCAUGCAAGCAUGCGGUGCCAGGCUCGGAGACCUGGGUCGUUUUGUGACAACGGCUCUCGUGGCGCGGGACAUGGAUGAAAUCAGAAAGGCCCUUGAUGAGCCUGAGUUGACGGCUUACCUACUAUCCUAUGGUACCGAGCUGGGUCAGACGUAUUCGAACAUGUUUCCGGAAAACGUUGGUCGUAUCAUUCUGGACGGUCCUACCUUCACGCUCGAGUGGCGUCUAAAGACAAGUUUUGUGGUCCCAGCCUUGGACGACGUGAUGGAUGCGUGGGUGGACGGCUUUUUGGGUGAAUGUAUCCAAGCUGGACCUUUCAUAUGCCCUCUUGCGAGGCCAUGGCUGACUGAUGGAGGAAACGGAUCCGUCACGGUGCCGGAUCUGGAGCGUCGUAUGCGCCGACUGGUGACAUCCCUGGCCGAAAACCCCCUACCAGUCUUCUCAAGCGACACCGGGGCAAGCCUAGUCACAUUCACCAACAUGGCAUACAUUCUUAUCAACGCCAUGUAUCUACCUACGACCUGGCCCCUGCUAGCCGAGAUACUUUCGGGGCUCGAGCAGGGAAGCACCGACGAUCUUGAUAGACUUGUUGCCUUCCGCUACGACCCAGAAUCACCACCCAGAAAUCCCGCCAUCCCCGAUACCACGGAGCUCACAUACCUGGUCAUGUGUGGCGACUCGUACGACGACGAGGAGAGCUCAAUUGAAUGGUGGCAGCAGCUGCGAGCAAAUAUGGCCGAGACCUCAUGGUUCGCCGGCGACCUGAGAAGCCAGCAGAUCCUGUAUUGCCGACACCACAGAGACAACUUCGGGCCUCCAGUGGAGCUUUAUAGGGGCAACCUGACCGAGGACCUGAAGAACCCGAUGCUCUUGGUCGCCCAGACGCACGACCCAGCCACGCCCUUGUCCAACGGGCGCAAAAUGCUCGAGGCCAUGGGCAGAGACAACCUGAGGCUGGUCGUACACCACGGCUACGGUCACGGGACACACGCAGACGUGAGCAGCUGUACAGACGCCCUGAUGAAGGCCUACAUCUCGGAUGGAAAGAUUCCCGACGAAACAGAGACGAACUGUUAUGCCGACAGGAAGCCGUUCGACCUUGCAAUCCCGGCGGGAACGACCGAUGGCGGCAAUGGCACGGUGGUUUCGUUGCGCUCAUUUUCGGAGACUAGGGAGCAGACCACUAGCGAGAAAGUUGAUAAUGUUAGCAAACUGUUUGGGGACUUGAGACGAAAUAUUUGGCUGUGAUGGGAUAUGAUGUCAAUGCGAGAACGAGGGCUCCCUGUUAGAUGCUCACAAAAAUGCCCAAUUGAAAACCAGAUAUAUCGACAAUGCACAACUACGUAGUAAUUUGAGCACAUUGAGAAUUGGAUGAACUUUUAGGUCCAUCACAUCUUGGGCUCGACCCUAUUUUAGUUAGCUCAGGUACCUGUGUGGCACACUAUCUGCACCUUAAACGGACUCUUUUGAGAUGGAAUUGUUUAGAUGACUCCCGUCUACAAGAAUACUCAUGACUGCCUGCCACCACGUAGGAGAGCAAGCACAUUUCGGUGUUGCCUGAUUCCAGGCAAUUGUGUACCUACCUACCUACCUAC